AUGAAUAUCCACUUUUCUGAUGGGACUCUGCAUUGCUGUUCUGUUGAUCUCCACGUUCUUCCGUCUUCCUCUUGUUGUUGGCUCAUAAUUGAGACAGUUUGCCGCUUCUUGAACAUCGCGGUGACGUGUUGGUGGGGGAAUACAGUGCAGAUGUCGGGGUCUUUUCAUUCGCCGAGCGGGGGGAUGUGUGAAGCCAGUGAAGAGCGAGGCCUCCUGCUGAGCGCCGCGCUGGAACAGAUCACAAGAAGACACGCACCAAGAGGAGAGGCACAACAUAGCACAUGGGAGCUGGAGAAGUCGCUGCGCUUUGAUCGUCAGCAGAGGGAGAGGGCGGGUCCUUAG